CAUGACAGGCAGGGAGAGACAGGGAAAGACAACAGAAAAUCAGGAAGCAUGAUUUCAAACCAUGACAGGUCGAUAGCACAGACAAAUAAGCUAAUCCAGGACUGACAGACAUUAAUAGCUGUCCCACAUGAUGGACUUUGGGAAGAGCAGUGUUGGCCUUGCACAGCCCAGCCUCAGCAUCCAGAGGACAGAGGACAACACAAGGAGCAGCAAAAAAGAUGACAAAAAACAGGAGCUCAAAAAGGAUGACAUGAAAGAUGACCAAAAGGAUGAGAAUAAAGAAGAACCAAAUGAGGUGUGGGUCAUGGAUCCUGCCACAGAUACAUAUUACUACUGGCUGUGUGCAAUUUCCAUCCCAGUGUUCUACAACCUGAUUUUCCUGGUUGCCAGGGCUUGUUUUAAUGAACUGCAGAAUCAAAACACAACAACAUGGAUCAUUCUUGACUACACCUCAGAUGUCCUGUAUUACUUUGAUAUUUUUGUGAGAACCAGGACAGGUUUUCUGGUACAAGGACUACUUGUAAAGGAUAAAAAGGUUCUGAAAGAACACUACAUGAAGACACGCCAGUUCAAAUUAGACAUCAUAUCAAUCAUUCCCACUGAUAUUGUAUUUCUCAAAACUGGAAUUGACAACCCAGAGUGGCGGUUCAACCGUCUCUUUAGGUUAGCCCGACUCUUUGAGUUCUUUGACCGGACUGAAACUCGAACCAAUUUCCCAAACAUCUUCCGAAUUGCUAAUCUGGUACUUUACAUCAUCAUCAUUAUCCACUGGAAUGGAUGCCUUUAUUUUGCCAUCUCUAAAGUGCUUGGUUUUGGCACCGACACCUGGGUAUAUCCAGACAUAAAUAGUCCUGAUUUUGCUUGCCUGACCAGACAAUACAUCUACAGCUUUUACUGGUCCACUCUUACCCUUACAACUAUAGGUGAGACACCACCCCCAGUCCGAGACGCUGAAUACUUUUUUGUGGUAGCUGAUUUCCUUAUUGGGGUUCUAAUCUUUGCCACAAUUGUUGGCAAUGUUGGUGCUAUGAUUUCCAACAUGAAUGCUGCACGUGUAGAGUUCCAAUCUAAGAUUGACGCUAUCAAGCAGUACAUGCAAUUUCGAAAGGUCUCCAAAGAGCUGGAGGCAAGGGUGGUGAAGUGGUUUGACUAUUUGUGGAGAGAGGAGAAAACCUGUGAUGAGAAGCAGGUGCUGAAGAACCUGCCAGACAAGCUAAAGGCUGAGAUAGCCAUCAAUGUACAUCUGGAGACCAUAAGAAAAGUGCGCAUCUUUCAAGACUGUGAAGCAGGUUUGCUUAUUGAGUUGGUCCUCAAGCUUCAGCCUCAGGUUUUCAGUCCUGGUGACUACAUCUGUAAGAAGGGGGACAUCGGCAAGGAAAUGUACAUCAUCAAAGAAGGAAAACUGGCUGUAGUGGCAGAUGAUGGGGUUACCCAGUUUGUGGUUCUCAGUGAAGGGGCAUACUUUGGAGAAAUCAGUAUCCUUGGUAUCAAGGGCAGCAAAGCAGGAAACCGAAGAACAGCCAACAUCCGAAGUGUGGGAUACUCUGAUCUGUUUGCCUUGUCCAAAGACGAUCUGAUGGAGGCACUCACUGAGUAUCCUGAUGCUAAAAAUGCUCUGGAGGAGAAGGGAAAGGCCAUCCUGAUGAAAGAUAACCUCAUAGAUGAGUCGUCGGUUGUGGUCACUGAUACCAAAGACUUGGAGGAAAAUGUAAGACAAAUUGAAGGAAGUUUGGAUGUCAUGACAGCCAAAUUAAAAAAGCUGACAGACCAUUAUGAAUCCUCCCAGUGUAAACUCAAGCAGCGGCUCAGUAAUCUGUCGAACCGGGCCCGAACCCUCAGGGUGGACAAUGAGUAGAGAUUGGCUUGGCAUCACUACUGCAAGGCUUAGGGACUUUUCCAUUUCAGAGAAUUCCUUCUGAGGUCAUCCCAUGGCACUUGGCACAUCUGACCAGCAGUUGGACAGAGAUAGUCUCCAUUCAUUAUUUCCAUAUGUGGUAAAAAUGGUAAGGUUGCCUUGAAGGUUAAUCAUUGAAACAUAUGCAUAGGUCUGAGUGCCUCUGUACUUUGAGUAGAAUUGUGCUCCUACCAAGUACAUAAAAAAUUGGACAGUACAAAAAAGCUUUUUUUUUUUUUUGCAAUGAGUAACAAAUGGCAUCAAAAAGGUAUCAUUUUGGUCUCGCAAAUGAAAAUAGUGUCAUAUUCACACCUGUAAUGCAAUCAUUUAAAUGUGAUGUUUAUAUAAAGCAAUCAGGAAUAAUAAUGGUAAACAUUUGUUUGUUUCCAGACCCAU